AUGGCGCUCUUUCACGUUGCGAGGUACCCCGGGCCAGAAGCGGCGGGCCCGGCGGAGUCCGAGGCGGGCGGCAGGGCCCGUGCACUGCUGGAGCGGCUGCAGAGCCGGGCCCGAGAACGGCAGCAGCGAAGGGAGUCGGCGCCGCCGGAGGCGACCGCAGAGGCGACGGGAAAGCGGCGGCGACGACCGCGGCGGCGGCGACCCGGGAGCAGUCCGGCACCGGGCAGCCCGGACGCUCCGCGGAAGAAACGGCAGAAAGCGACGGGCGGGGACGCGGACGCAGGUGGGCGCCGGGGCCGGGCCAGGGAAGGGGCGCCGCCCGGGUCGGACCGACGAGUUGCCUCGACCCCGUCCUGCCCGGCAGAGAGUGGCGACAAGGCGCCGGGAGCCAGCUCCGAGGCGGAGUCCCCGGACGAGUCUGCGUGUUCUCCGGGCCAUGCCCUGCUGCUUGGGGGCUUCGAGAUGAGGAAGGCUCCAAAGGUCCAGCCUUUUCUGCCCACGUGGCUGGCCAGGCCGAGCCGGGUGGGCAAGAACGUCACGGAGCACCUGGUUCCCAUUCAGGAUCUGCCUGAGGUGCACCCUGAGCUUCAGAAAAAACUGCGGGCCCAGGGUCUCUCCUCCUACUUCCCAGUCCAGGCAGCUGUGAUUCCCACCCUCCUGGAGAGUGCAGCUGGGGGUUUUCUUGUGGGGAGAGGGGGCUUCCAGCCCCAAGACCUCUGCGUCUCAGCUCCAACGGGCAGCGGGAAGACCCUGGCCUUUGUCAUCCCUGUGGUCCAGGCCCUGCUGCAGCGAGUGGUGUGCCGAGUCCGCGCCCUGGUUGUACUGCCCACUAAGGAGCUGGCCCAGCAGGUGAGCAAGGUGUUCCAGGUGUACACUGAUGCCACGCCCCUGCGUGUCGCCCUGGUAACUGGGCAGAGGUCACUGUCCAGGGAGCAGGAGAGUCUCGUCCAGAGAACAGCUGAUGGCUACCGCUGCCUGGCCGACAUUGUGGUGGCCACCCCUGGCCGCCUGGUGGACCACAUCGACCAGACCCCUGGCUUCAGCCUACAGCAGCUGCGCUUCCUGGUAGUGGACGAGGCAGACCGCAUGGUGGAUAGCAUGCACCAGUCGUGGCUGCCACGGGUGAUGGCCGCUGUGUUCCAGAGGGAGGAGCCCUCGGACCCUUGUGCCCUCUUUCAGCGGGAGCUGCCCAGGGCCGUGACUGCUGCCAGUACCUGGGCCCCCCAGGUCCCUCUGCAGAAGCUGCUCUUCUCGGCCACCCUGACACAGAACCCCGAGAAGCUACAGCAACUCUCCCUCCACCAGCCCCAGCUCUUCUCCUCAGGGCUGGAGAGCCGGGGGCCCGAGGGUGUGGCUGAUGACUCCGCGGGGAAGUACGUCUUCCCUGAGGGGCUGCUGCAUCACUAUGUGCCCUGCAGCCUCCGCGCCAAGCCACUGGCUGUCCUUCACCUGGUGCUGACCACGCAGCUCCCGAGAGUCCUCUGCUUCACCAACUCCCGCGAAAACUCCCACAGGCUCUUCCUGCUUGUGCGGGCCUUCGGGGGAGUGAGUGUGGCCGAGUUCUCCUCCCGUCACGGGCCUGGUCACAGGAAGAAGAUUCUGAAGCAGUUUGAGCAGGGCAGGAUCCAGCUCCUUGUCAGCACAGAUGCCACAGCCCGGGGCAUCGAUGUUCAGGGAGUAGAGCUGGUGGUUAACUACGACGCCCCACAGUACGCGAGGACCUACGUGCACCGGGUUGGACGCACAGCACGAGCGGGACGAGCUGGACAGGCCUUUACGCUGCUGCUUCGGGUGCAGGAGCACAAAUUUCUGCGGAUGCUGGCCGACGCGGGUGUGCCGGAGCUGGGGAGGCAUGAGAUCCCCUCGGAGCUGCUGCAGCCGUUGAUCCCACGAUAUGAGGAGGCCUUGACCCAGCUGGAGAAGACUGUCAGGGAGGAACAAAAGCAGAAGAAAGCCUAG